AAUUAUUAUAUAUUUAUACAUUUAAUAUUAAUACAAAUUUGUGAGUUUAAGUUUCAAAAAAUCCGCGCCAAGUAGUACAUGAAAAUCAUCAAGGAUGGCGCUACAAGUACAUAGUGUUAACCGCUACAAUGAGUUCAUUUGUCAGUCGUCGUACAAAUGUAAAAAUAGCAGUAGGAGCUUUAGUAUGCGAGGAAAGUAUAUUAAAAGGGGAUAUCACUAUUGGACCAAAAACUAUAAUUCAUCCAAGAGCAAGUAUCAUUGCAGAAGCUGGACCGAUCAUAAUAGGUGAAGGAAACAUUAUAGAAGAAAUGGCAACUAUAGCAAACAGGUUACCACCAGAUACUCCAGAACCAGCAACAAUUCCCGUACAAAUAAUAGGCAGUUAUAAUGUAUUCGAGACUGAUUGUACUUGUGAAGCAUUUAAAGUUGGAGAUAAUAAUAUUUUAGAAAGCAAAGCACAUGUGAGUCGAGAAAUUGAACUCACCAAUGGUUGUAUUAUUGGAGCAUCGUGUUCAUUGACAGAACCAGAUAUAAUACCUGAAAAUACUAUAAUUUAUGGUAAUGAUUGUCAACGUAGAGAAAUGCACGAUAAACCAUAUCCUCCAAUAAGUCAAAUAGAAUUUUUAUUAAAAAUCUUACCAAGUUAUCAUCAUAUUCGUAAAGCUAAUGUAAAGGCAAAUAAAAACGAAGGAGGAAUAUAAUUUACUGCAUUACUAGGUAAAUUAUUUAUAUAUAUAUGAUUUAACAAUGCAAAAAAUAUUUAUAUUCAGUUUUAAACUUAUUUUGCUAAACGUUUAUUACAUUAAAAUUCGUAGAUAAAAUCUAAUUUUUUUUAUUUUAUUUAUAUAUUAUGUUUAUUAUAGAAAUAUUAUUAUUAUAUAAUAAAUUAUUAAUAUUUUGAUAUCGUAUAUAUAAUAUAUUAUUAAAUAACCCUCGUAAUUUAUUCAAAGUAUUUGUAAAUUACUUAAAGUAACAAAGAGAGAAUAUUUAUAAUUAUCAUUAUUAGUAAAUAAUUUUUUAUUAAUAUAUUUUUAUUUAUGGUUACUUACAAAUACAUUUUUUAUAUGAAAUUUUAUGAUUGAGAUGUUAUUAUAUAAUAAUAUUCCAAGAAAAAUUUAUAUUUAUCUAAUAUAUAACAAAGAAGAAUUAAAAUAUAAGAAUAAUAAUAAAUGAUUUGUGAUAUUGUAUUAUAUUCACACAUAUCCUUCAAUCUAUAUUAGUGAUAGAUAUAUGAGAUACUUUAAUUCCCUGCCCUGUUAACAGAUGGCAGAACGAUUACCUAUUUUGAAAUAAAUUUUCGAUUUUUGUUAGAAACGUUCAAAUUAUCGUUAAAAAUUUACCAAUUUUAGAUUAAACAUCGAUUUACGUCAAUUAUAUUUACUUAUUCUAUGAAAUAUAUCUCGCAUGCAAAACUACAUCGGAAUUCUUAUAAAUAUUCAAUGAGAUUUUUAAAAACAAUUCAUAUCGUUUUUACACAAUUAAUUAAUUUCAUAACAUUCGCAAAUAAAAAGUAUAUUUUUUUUUUUAUAAGAAACAGAAUUGAAAAUAAGAAAAACGUACGAAAUAUCUUAAUAUCAGUGAAUUUAUGCGCAAUGACAACGCGACAAGUUAAUGUAACUUGAUGUUUCUCCUUCCCGACGUUCUUCUUCGGGCAAACUCUCCGGAGAAUCACAGCGGCAUAAUACUAAACGCUACACCUAUGAAUAUGAAUUAGCGUCUCGUUGAGGGGGUUGGAUGCGAACCAUUUACCGUUUCCGUCAGCUUAACCGCGUACCACACAGUGGUUUUCAUUGCAACGCUCAUUUAAGCCGUAAAUAUGCGAAUCGAGUUACUAUAUUAUUUAUCCAAAUUGACUUCAUAAUCAUAUCGUGGUGACGACUUUAUUGGCACUUUAUCGAACAGAUUAAACAAUUCAAUUAUUUUACCAAAUAAACUCAUUUUAUUUAUUCAACAUAUUCAAAAUAAAAAAAAUGUUAUACAUUUAGUUAAUUAGAUUUUACAACUUUUGUGAUUUACAUCUCGUGUCGACAAAGAAGUUUAAUAUUUUACGUGAAGUGGAAAAAGAAAUAAAAAUGAAGGUUUGAUUUUGUGGAAAAAAAUAAUAUUUAAACGGUUUUGAUUUUCAUGGAAGAAUGUAUGAACAGAAAACGCAGUUAAGAGCACGGUGGUUGCGAGCGCCACUUUAUUUUAAUGAUCGCUCGUCGCAACCCCCUUGAACGCAACUCUUGUCGCGGAAAGUGGUGACCCGAGAGAGCUGUCAUAUUUUGACGUCCGCAGCGGGCGUUCUAGCCUAGAAGGGAGAGACGAGAAGAAAAGAGAUUAUUUUUCGUCGCACUGGGAGAAGCCAGAAAUCAGUACGACGACGGGCGACCGGAGGGGGAAAGUCCCUAAUGGAGCAACAACCACGAAUUUGUGUGGGUUUCCUUCAUCCCCGCUGGAAUGAAUUCGUCAUUGAUGACUUUUUUUUAGCAACGAAUUUAAAUCAAGAAAACAAUAAUAACAAAGAAAAAUUUAUAAUUAAAUAAAAUUUUAAUUAUGCGA